CACCAUGGAGGAACCAGCGCCACCUCCACCGCCGCCGUCGUCGUCAACGUCAAUAUUCCGCCAGGUAAUCAACUCCGAUACAACUGUUUCCCUCACUAUCCACAACCUCACUCAACCCAUCCUCCCUCGUUCCUUCCUCAAGCUACUUGAAAUCUCCGGCGAUGGCCGCCUUUUCUUCCCAAUCCUCCUCUCCCUCCUUCUCUCCCCUCUACCCUCCACUUCUCCACUCCUCCUCUCCUUACUUAUUAACUUUCUCAUCGGAUCUCUCCUCGAUCUCCUCCUUGUCGGUCUCAUCAAACAUCUCGUCCGCCGCCCUCGCCCUGUCUAUAACAAAAACAUGUUCCUCACUUUUGCCGUUGACCACUGGUCCUUCCCCAGCGGCCAUGCUUCUAGAGUUUGCUUCACGGCUUCCUUGUUUUACCUUUCCUCGGAUUUAAUCCCUGACAUAUUCCUCCAAUUGAAGUCUGACAUGUUAGGAUCUGAUGUAUUUGAGAGUGUUAAACGUUUAAAUAUGAUUGUUAUAGCCUGGGCAACUGUUACGUCGGUUUCUAGGGUUUUGCUUGGACGGCAUUUUGUGUUUGAUGUUGCUGCUGGCGCUGGAUUGGGAGUUCUUAAUGCAUCAUUCGUCUUUCACUUUCUCAAUUUUCCUUCUUGCAGAACAAUUAUUCACACACAGACAAGAGGCACAUCCUGUGUGUAGAUGUUUUUGAAAAUAUAAGGGAGUUUCAGAGGAGGAGAAAUUUGGACUGACAUUUGAAAGAGAAGUGUAGGAAUUUGAACAAGAAAAAUAUUGGAGAGCUG